GGGAGAAGGGAUGACUGAGAAGGAGGGGGAAUAAGAAGCAACAGGGGAACAAACACAGGCGCUGGAAGAAUAAAAAGGAGCAACAAAACAAGGUGGAAUUCUGGGAUUUUCCAAAAUUACAUCACAUUUAUCACUUUUCUAGUGGUGUGGUCCAGCAGCUGCAGGGAUGUGGAUGGAUACCAAAACGGAGGUGAAGGAGGCCAGCAGGAACCGUGCCAGCCUGAGUCGGCGUGUGUUGAACGGUCUGCUGUUGUGUACUGGGGACAUGGAGUACUUGGAUAAGUACAUGCAAGACAAGCUUUUUGUGCUGCAGCUGGCGGUUUGGGGCCUGAGAGGGGUGACCCAGGUGAUCCUAGCCAACAACCCGCUGAGUGGUGCUCUCAUUAUGGGCGCACUGUACUGGGCCUCCCCCUGGCAGGGCCUGCUGGGAACUCUGGGCGUACUGGCCUCUACAUUAACAGCUGUUAUAAUGGGGCAAGACAGUGCUGAGGUGUCAAAAGGUCUCCAUGGUUUUAACGGCAUGUUGGUGUCUCUGCUGAUGGGGGUGUUCAGCUCAGCUGGAGACUGGUACUGGUGGCUGCUGCUGCCUGUCUGCUUGGGGUCAGCGACAUGUGUAUUCCUGUUCAGCGGUCUCUCCUCAGUGUUGGACCGCUGGGACUUGCCUGUUGCUGUGUUUCCCUUCAACAUCGUCAUUGUCCUCUACCUCCUUUGUACCGGCCCAGACAACCUUUACUUCCCACACCACCUGGCUACACCACCGGGGGCGCUGGAGCUCAAUGAUACUAAGCUCAUUGCAGUAGAGGUAUUGCGUGGCAUCCCUCUGGGUGUGGGUCAGAUCUUUGCCUGUGGAGCCCUGGGGCCCUCCCUCCUCAUCCUGGGAGCCGUUCUGCUCUACUCCCCCCUGCUGGCAGCUCAUGCUCUGCUUGGAUCGGCAAUUGGAACAUUGGCUGGGUUAUCCAUGGCGGUGCGUCACGAGUCACUGUACUCAGGUCUGUCGGGGUUUAAUGGAGCUCUGGGCUGUAUGGCUGUCGGAGGGCUUUUCUUCACCUUCAGCUGGAGGACCCACCUCUUUGCCAUCGCCAGUGCCUUCCUCUCUGCAUAUGCUGACAUCGCUCUGAGCAAUCUGCUGGGAACUGUUGGUCUCCCAGCAUGCAGUUGGGCAGCUACUCUGACAGCCACACUGAUGUUGCUGCAGACCGGCAGUGUAGCAGAGUAUCGCAUCCCUACUGGUCAAGUCAUGGCUCCUGAACAUAACCUGCGCUCCCACAGCCAAUGGGAAGCUGGGAACGCUGAAGAGAGAAAGAGCACGGAUGUGUGACG